CCAUUGAGUUGGGGCGAUAAGACUUGGUCACUGAAAGGUAAAGGACACCUUCUAGGGCAUCUGGAUGUGUUGAAGGAGAAGCAGAUGGACAGGCUCGGCUGCUCAUUUACAAAUAAGCUGCUCAGAGGAUGGACUAAGGACGAAUGGAAGCUACCCCCCGCCCCCGCUAGCUGAAGAUCCGUGGAGCCCUGGGGCUGAUGCUUGCCCGCACUGUUGAGAACGGCACCGAGGCCCAGCCAGGCACCAGGACAGAGGUUAACCUGGGACACCCCUGGACAGUGAUCCUGAUGUCUGUUCAGAACCGCGCACUCAAGGGUGUGAUAAGUGAAAAUUCCCGGAGUCGUGGUGCUGCGGCACCUUAGCUUCCUGGAACAAGAUGGGGAUUUCUGGCGAAACCAAGAACAAUCAUCCCAUCUGGUUUUGCUUCCAACCCACCUUGGACUUUUAUGGCAUUCUCUUCGCUCCUCUCAACCGCUCACUCAGCUCUCUGCCACCCUAAGGAAUAGCUCAGCAGGUUCCAAGAGCAGCAGGAGAAAGAAGCAACGUCCUGUGAGCUGCUGGUUCCUCUUGAUGCAAGUCUGCCUGGGGCUCGGAUCCCUGGGCCCAACAAAGAGUGUGAGCUGCCAUCCUGGCUGACGACACUGUCUCAUAUCUCCGUCCCUGUCCUCACCCCUGCCUCCUGGCCCCAGCCAGGUCUCCCCCAUUCAUCUUCCGUGGACCAGUCCAGGCCUCCUCAGACGCGGCCUGACCUCGCCUAGCGCUUCUGCCCUUGCUGUGAGAAGACCAUACCAGGGCUAGUCCACUGGGCCCAGGAGAGGGACAAGAGGCAAGUGGAGCAGAGCCAUCCCAGCCAAGCACAGGACAGAGCCCCCAUAUGACUCCCAGUCUCGUGACUGAGGCCAGCCAAGAUCUGCCAACCCACAGGCACCCGGCCCCAGUCGGCGCCAUGGCUUCCGCCGAGCCCCUGACGGCGCUGUCCCGCUGGUACCUGUACGCCAUCCACGGCUACUUCUGCGAGGUGAUGUUCACGGCGGCCUGGGAGUUCGUGGUGAACUUUAACUGGAAGUUCCCGGGGGUCACGAGCGUGUGGGCGCUCUUCAUCUACGGCACGUCCAUCCUCAUCGAGGAGCGCAUGUAUCUGCGCCUGCGCGGCCGCUGCCCGCUGCUGGUGCGCUGCCUCAUCUACACGCUCUGGACCUACCUGUGGGAGUUCACCACCGGCUUCAUCCUGCGCCAGUUCAACGCCUGCCCCUGGGACUACUCGCAGUUCGACUUCGACUUCAUGGGCCUCAUCACCCUGGAGUACGCCGUGCCCUGGUUCUGCGCGGCCCUCAUCGUGGAGCAGUUCAUCAUCCGCAACACCCUCCGCCUCCGCUUUGACAAGGACGCCGAGCCCGGGGAGCCCAGCGGCCCCCUGGCCCUGGCCAACGGCCACGUCAAGACUGACUGAGGGGGGGGGGGGGGCUGCUGGGUGGGGCCCCGGGGGCUCUCAUGGAUCCUGUGCACGAGGGGACCAGGCUGGUGGAAUCGCCCUCUCUGCACAGCACAAGCCCCACCCCGUAGGGCGCGCAGAGCCCCCCGCCCUGCACUGUGGGCGGGGUCGGGGUGUGGUCAGGUGUUGGGGGCGGGGUUGGCGGCGGCAGAGGAGGGGUCCGUGGAUCUCGGCCCAGCUCCCGAGCUGCAGGCGGCAGGCCCGUGGCUACGCGGCGGCUAGACUCCGUGGGUGACUUUGGAAGCAGCAGGCCCUGUCCUGGCUAAGGGACUCUGAGAAUGGGGUAGAAGGUGAGAGUUAAGGCCUGAGGAGGCUUUGGGCUGCUAAAGCGGCCACCUCCCUCCCUCUCACCUGGUUUAGUUGGGCUUUGGCUGGUUCCAUUAGGCAAUAUUCAGGUGCUUGCUUGCAACCAAUACCUCCCCCAGGGCCUGCUGAGCUGCAGCCUAAGAAGAGACUGGGCAGCCAGGAGGCUGCUGGGCCGGAGUGCUGGUCUGCAAGGGCUGGGAGGCCUUCCCUUGGCUCCUCUCCCCUCCCCCAGGGUCCCACGCUCCUCCCUUGGCCUUCUGGGGCUCCCCCCCUGGUGCUGGAUUCCCACCAACCUGGGGCUUUUGGAAGUUUCAAUCCCUGUGUGUUCGGUGGCGUUUCCCCCUUUUCUCUUAUUUUCAACACCUUUACCACUAGCAGCCCCUUUAUCCACGUCAGCCACCCCACCGGCCCCCACCCUUGACUCCCUGGCCAACACAGCAGCUGCCAGAGAGAGAACCUGAGCAGACGCCUCCCACCCUCUUGCAGCAUUCCCUCCACUAUUUCUGCUGGCCUGAUUCCUGGGACGUUCCCUGUUAUGCCUCCCCACCUCCCUGGUCUGGGGGGCUAUGGCAGUGCCCCUGGUGCUCACCUCCCUGCAGUGGCUAAACACCAACGAUACCCCCAACGCACAGUCAGGCCAAGAUGGGCCCCACGGAUCCACAAUGGGGACCUAGAGACAAAUCAGUUUGAGGGGGGAGGUGGGCAGGAAAGGCACCUGACUGGUUUAUUUUCAAACCAGCUGGGGCAAUCUAGCUUUCCAAGGGGUGGAGGAGCAGGUAUCCAGUGUUGGAGAGUCAUGGAGAUUGAGUGAGGGAGAAAAAAAAGCCUUUCAACUUUGGGAGGGUCCUCAAAGCAUCCUCAGUGGGAAUGGGUCAGUUCUGGUUCUGCCAUAACCCCAGCCCUGCCGCAAAACCUCCUUGGGGCUACCCCUCCUCGCCCCUCCCAGGAAGACGGACCCGUUGAGCUUGAUCCUUAAACAGUAUUAACUCUGCCAUGCUCAUGGGCAUUGUCAUCUCGGUUGCCCCACCUUCCCCAGUGACAGGUCCAUUGCUGGCAGUGGACAGGUGAAAUCCUAACUCCAGCCCACUUCCAGCUCUGCCCCCCUCCCCGAGGGGAGGGAUCCGUCAGAACGCAGCCCAUCCCAUGGUACAUGGUCUCUUCUUGACCACACUAGGACUCUUCAGUAGAAAUUAGCCUUUCCCUUUUUAUAGAACAUUAAAAGUGAUAAUACCA